GAAUCAUUGGCAUAAGAAGCAUGUGCAGCUUUUCUCUUCACUCCAGCAGCAGAGUUACCUUUUAAUUCAUCCCCAAAAUGUUCCCCUUGAUCUUCUCGGCGCUCCUCCUCUCACUCUUCUCUACCUCGUGCUCAUUAAUCUCAACCUCUCCUCACCCUCUCGACUCCCUCACCCCCGACGAAAUCACCGCCAUCCGCCGCGUAAUCCUUGCGUCCCCUCUCGGCUCCUCCUCCGGCCCCCUCUCCUUCCACUACGUCGGCCUCGACGAACCCGACAAGCCCCAGCUCCUCUCCUUCCUAUCCAACCCCACCGCCGCUCCGCGACCGCCCCGUCGAGCCUUCGUCGUCGCCCGCGCCGGGAAAGAGACUCGCGAAAUCUACGUCGAUAUAACCAAUAGCAAAAUCAUCUCCGAUUCUACAUACGGAGGCAUCGGGUACCCUAUCUUCACUCUCGCGGAGCAGGCGGCGGCCGUGAGCUUACCGAUGAGCUACACGCCGUUCAUCGAGUCGGUUGCGAAGAGAGGAGUGGAUUUGAGCCAAGUGAUAUGCAGCACGUUCUCUGUGGGAUGGUUCGGAGAGCGGAAGAAAGGGAAGAGGGUGCUGAAGGUGCCGUGCUUCGUGGCGGGGGAGGCCGCGAACUUCUACGCGAGGCCGCUGGAGGGAAUAACGAUUGUGGUGGAUAUGGAUGAGAUGCAGAUCGUCCAGUAUAGGGAUCGGGUGCAGCUGCCGGUGCCCAAGGCGGAGGGGACCGACUACCGGCGGCGCACCAAGUCGGGAUCGGUCGGCCAGCCGGAGGGGACAGGGUUCGAGAUCAACGGCAACAUUAUCAGGUGGGCUAACUGGGAGUUCCACCUGAGCUACGACGUCCGCGCCGGUGCCAUCAUCUCCCUCGCGUCCGUCUACGAUGGUGAGAAGUGUGCAUGCCGCCGCGUCCUCUACCGAGGGUUUGUGUCGGAGCUGUUCGUGCCAUACAUGGACCCGGUCGACGAGUGGUACUACCGGACGUUCUUCGACGAGGGCGAGUUCGGGUUCGGGCUGUGGGCCUCCCCUCUCGUGCCCGAGGCUGAUUGCCCAGCCGGCGCGGCAUUCUUGGACGGGUACUACGCCGGGCAGGAUGGCAAGCCUAUCAAAAUUGAGAACGUUUUCUGCGUGUUCCAGCGCUACGCCGGCGACGUUGCGUGGCGGCACACGGAGUUCGGGUUACCGGAAGGAGUGAUAAGGGAGGUGCGACCGGAAGUGAGUUUGGUUGUGAGGAUGGUGGCUGCGCUGGGGAAUUACGAUUAUGUGAUGGACUGGGAAUUCAAGGCCAGUGGCUCCAUCAAAUUUGGGGUAGCACUGACAGGCCUCCUUGAAGUGAAGGGUUCAUCCUACACCCAUGCAGACCAAAUAACCGGCGAUCCCCACGGCAGUCUGUUGGCUGAGAACACCAUCGCGGUCUACCACGACCACUUCAUCACUUACUAUCUCGACCUUGACAUCGACGGCACCGACAACUCCUUCGUCAAGUCCAAGCUCAAGACGGUGAGGUUGGCCUCGUCCGACUCCCCUCGGAAGAGCUAUUGGACGGUCGUAAAAGAGACAGCAGAGACAGAGGCCGAUGCACAGGUUGACGUGGGAAAAGAACCUAUAGAGCUGCUGAUCGUGAAUCCGAGCAAGAAGACGAAGAUGGGGAACGAUGUGGGGUACCGGCUGAUCAGCGGCGCGGGGACUGCAGGCUCGUUGAUGACGGAUGACGACUAUCCGCAGCGCCGGGCCAGCUUCACCAAGAAGCAGGUGUGGGUGACGGCCUACAACAAGUCCGAGAAGUGGGCCGCCGGGCUUUACGUCGACCAGAGCAGAGGAGAUGAUGGCUUGGCCGUAUGGACCCAAAGGAAUCGCUUGAUCAAGAACACGGAUAUUGUGUUGUGGUACACAGUCGGAUUUCACCACAUCCCCUGCCAGGAAGAUUUUCCGUUGAUGCCGCUGUUAACCGGGGGAUUCGAGCUUCGGCCUUUCAACUUCUUCGAGAGCAACCCGAUAAUCAAAAGCCCGCCUUCCGGGCUCCUACCUAGCUGGUUUAAUUGCACGUAUAGUUCUUGAUAUGGACGGAUAUUUAGCUAUGGAAAUGCCAGGUCUCCAAUGCGUAAGUCGUUGCAACUUUUUAACCCUCCGUCGCAGCGUACGUUUAUUAGUCACAUAUGAAAAAUAUAUGUUAAAAAAAUUGUAAAUGGCUACAAAAAUA